CCCCCACGUCUUCUGACGUCCGUCGCCGGCCACUGCAUCCCAACCCCCGCUAGUCCGGCUCCCCCUUGCUGUCCUGUCGUUGCAGCUCUCUGAUCACUCACAGUAGUGACGGCAGCGACUUGCUGCGCGGACAGAUCCCGGGCUUGCCUCUCCGAGGGUUUGAUUUUUCUCGGCCUUUUGCCGCACCCCUGUGCUCUCUCCCCGAGAGAGAGAGGCACGCUACGGCCUCGCCUGCGGAGAGCUAUAGCUGCGCAGCAAGAUGGCGGGUCCGGAUGGCAACCAGUACGAGAGCUACCAGAAUGAGAGCGAGACGACCACCCUGUUAAGUCCCUCGCCGCCGUCGUCGCCGGCACGAGGCCGAGACAAGCAGUCAGCGUCGGCGACACCGGAGGAGGAUGUACGGAAGCACUACAAGUACGCGCUCGGCACCGGGUACAUGUUCGCGAUGGGAGUGUGUGGCAUCGUGCUGGUGGCGCUCGGAUCGACGCUGGACGACCUCGCAGACAACUGCGACACAACGGCAACCGACGUCGGGUCCGUGUUCAUCGCUCGAGGCGUCGGAGCGGUCCUCGGAGCAGUGGUCUCGUCCAAGCUGUACCUCUGGAUGCGGGGGAACAACGUCAUGUCGAUCAUCUUGCUCCUCCUGACGUCGGUCCUGAUCUACAUGCCGUUCAUCACCUCCGUGUACACCCUCCACUUCUCCUUCUUCGUACUCGGCCUCUGCACGGCCAUCACGGACACGGGCUGCCAGAUCAUGACCCGGAAGCUGCACGGGGCGAAGGCUGGGCCCUGGCUGGGGGCCAACACUGUCGUCUUCGGCAUCUCGGGCGCGCUCGUACCGCUCAUCGGCUACCUGACCGGUUCGCUCUUUGUCCAGUACGUCAUCCUGUCGGCGGUGAGCUGCGCGACGGCGGUGUUCAUGAUCAUCCUGCCCGCCCCAGAAAAGUACGAGGGUCUGCUCGAGGAGCGGAAGAAAAUGCCGGAGCGCAGAGAGGAAAACGUGGGGGUGCCGGGGGAAAGCUCGACGAGCAUUUGCAAGAUGGCCGCCUUCUACCGCAGGUACAAGAUCGAGUUCCACAUCAGCGGCAUGGUGUUCUGCCUCAUUGGCGGCAAGGUGGGCGCCACCGCGUACCUGGAGAGCUACGUCGACGACACCGACGUCAUCGACGAAUCGCACGCGGAGCUCCUUAUCGUUGUCCUGUGGACGGCCAUUACCAUCGGACGUCUCGCGGGUCUGCAGGACCAGCGACACCUCACCCUCCCGCGCCUGUACCGGCACUCCACCAUCCUGUUCCUGUGCGGUGCGGCGGCGGCGGCGGCAAUCCUAGUGUUCCAGUCCUCGGCGUUUGUCCUGUGGACCGGGAUCGCGGCGUACGGGCUCUACAACGGGCCGACCGUGGGCUACUGCUACGACCUCAACAACCGGGUGACGAUGCCCUCGGAGAUGGGCAUGUCGGUGGUGAUGUUCGGCCUUAACUUCGGAGCGAGCAUCGUGCCGUACGUGAUCUCGUGGGUGUGGGACUACACCGACUGGCCGGAGACCCUGAUCGUCAUCAUCAUGCUGUCCCACUUGUUGCCGUACCCGCUCAUGCUCAACGCGAAGCGCAUAGACGAGGCCAACAAGCGAAAGUUGCGGGAGGAGGCGAUUACUCCGAGUCUCUCCGAGACUCGCUCAACGCCAUCUUUCUCGGUCUGA